AUGAGCCGCCGAUGUUCCUCGGUCGCGAUCGCGACGGCCCUCCCGCUGGAAGACGAGGACCUUCUCCGUGAGAUCCUCCUCCGCCUCCCUCCGCAGCCAUCCUCGCUCCCCCGCGCGUCCGCCGUAUGCAAGCGCUGGCGCAGCAUCCUCUCCGACGACGUGUUCCUCUGCCGCUUCCGCAAGCACCACCGGAAACCUCCUUUGCUCGGCUUCUUCAGUGGGAAUAUUUACACAGAGUACCACUUCACUUCCGUCCUGGACUCGCCCGACUGCAUCCCCGCCGCCCGCUUCUCCCUGCCACUCCCCAUGCCCAAAGGCAUCAUACCCUACCACAAACGUUGGAACAUAAUGGGCUGCCGCCACGGCCUCGCCGUCCUAGUCAACUUGUCGCAACACGAGAUCAUGGUGUUGGAUCCCCUGAGCCGGCAACAGUACCACGUGACUUGUCCACCAGGGCUCAUGCUUGGGCAGGACUCCACCGUGGUGUGCUGUCAUGCUGCGGUGGUGUGCGCUGACAAUGAAGAUGGGCAUGUGCACAGCGAUUGCUUCUCGAGGCCGCUCAAAUUGGUCUUUAUCUGGGUCACCGAGAACCUACAAGACACGCACACGCAAGCAUUCGCUUGCCUGUAUGAAUCGGUGUCUGGUCUAUGGGGAGAUAUUUCCUCUAUGGAGUGUACGUAUGAGAGUCAGAGCCUUAGUGUGAUCAAGAAGCCGAUAGACACCGACUCCUAUGGAUCAGUCCAACUCUUACGGACAGAUGAUGGUGGACUUGGCCUUGCAUAUUUGUUGGAACCGACCAUCCAAUUAUGGGAGAGGAAAUCAAACUGUGAUGGUGUUGUCAGUUGGGUGUUGUUGCAGAAAACCAUUCAAUUGGAGGAGUUCUUUCCACAUGGAGUGUUUAGUGACUUCAGAACGAUUGCUUGUGCUACCUGA